AUGUCCGCCCCACCACCCGUACCUCCCCGCCCCGGUCCUCUACCGCCCGUACCUCCUCGUCCGUCUCCCUCUGAUCCUCCUCAGCCGCCCGCCUACCCACCCGUCACCGUCGGUCGCCUCCUCGCCGACGGCACCGAGGCCAAGAGCGGCGUCCUGACCAAGGGCAUCAAGUGGCAGGCGAGCGGUAUCCUCGAGGAGGGCGCAAACUUGCCCGGCCAAGACGUCAAGAUCCAGCGUGCUCUCACGAUCCAUCUCGGGCCGAGCGGCAGCUGCAUUGACGGCAAAGGCCGACAGCGCAACGAGGUCCUGUCGUGGCCGCCUACUGCACCCGGCGAGACGUGGAUCUACAAGUGGAACUUUCACCUCGCGCCCUCGAUCCCGUCGGCGUCCAAGUUCUUCCACAUGACUCAGCUCUUCUCGCGCGCCCAAAGCGGCUAUGUCGUCGCGCUCGGGCUCGUCAACGGCAGGGUGCGCAUCAGCUCGCAGCUGCCGCCGCUCGUCGACGCGCACGGGCACGAGGUGCCGCUGCCCGAGGUCGACGUCGAGCGGUACUGGGGGAGGACGACGUACCACCGCAUGGUCGUCACGUGGGGCCCGGGCGGCUCGGUCGACUACACGGUCCAGGACGCGACGACGCAAGAGCUCGUCCUGCAGUACGCGCGCUCGGGCGUCGACGUGCCAGCCGGCGGCUCGAUCAAGUGCGGGCUGUACCGUGCUCACGUCUGCAGCGCCGCGUCGGCCGUCGUCGGCGACUUGCAGUUCUCGAGGAGGUAAGCUCUCUCUCUCGGGCAGGAGGACGAGCUUGUGCAAAGGAGCGAGGUGUUGUACUC